AUGCAACGAACACAUAUCGCAGCAGCAGCAGCAGCUCUGCAGCAGCAGCUACUGCAGCAGCAGCAGCAGCAGCAGCAGCAGAUGGAACAGCAGCAGCAGCAGCAAAGAAAAGCAGCAGCAAAAAGGGGGUGGGGUUGUUGUUAUUUCCCUUGCCUGCUCCAGCUGGUUCUGCUGCACCAGCUCAGCACCGCAGAGAGCAAACGACUCAGAGAAAAAAUCACCAAGAAGGCCUCCACGGCCUCGUCUUGCAUAUUCGCGCACGAAAAAAACAAACCCAGAAUGCACCUGCAGCAGCAGCAGCAGCAGCAGCAGCAGCAGCAGCAGCAGCAGCAGCAGCAGCAGCAGCAGCAGCAGCACAGCCGAAGCAGCAAUAGGUGCAGCGGCAGCAAUAGCAGCAGCAAUAGGAACAGCAGCAGCAACAGGGGCACAUUCAUAUUCUACACAGCAGCAGUUGCAACAACAGCAGCAGCAGCAACAGCAACAGCAACAGCAGCAGCAGCAACAGCAACAGCAGCAGCAGCUUCAGCAGCAGCAGCAGCAGCAACAGCAGCAACAGCAGCAGAUACAAUAUCCUGA